AUGAAAAUUUUUAGGAGCGAAGAUUAAAUUAAGUUUUUUUAAAAAUAAUAUUACUAUACAUGGCGAUUGCUCCGAAUUGGAAAUCGGCCCAGCGACCAGCUUGAACGGAGUAAAAAAAAAAAAAAAUUGAGUCUGAGGAGAUGAUCACAAGGGAAACGGAGGACCUGUGUGUAAAUGCGGUUUUGAUUCUGCGGAUGAUGAAAUGGAAGAUGACGAUGAUCAAAGACUAGAUGACGAAGAGGAGGCUCCUGGCGAGGCGUCUGAGGAGUCGGACUUUUGUCCGGUUCUACAUUUUACAGAUGAAGAGUACAGAGAGAUGUGCCGGCCCUGGAAAAAAGCUCUGGUGCUAACUUUGCCGGGGAAGAAGACGCUGAGAUACAGGAAAGUGAGGCACAACCUCACCCAACUUUGGUAUGAUACGGAGUUCAAGUUUUCUGAUAUUCCAAAUUACUAUUAUGUCGUUAGAUUUGAGCAAGAUAGUUACCGUGACAAGGUACUCAUGGAGGGUCCCUGGUUCCUCAUGAGACAUUAUCUGGUGCAGCGGCGGUGGAUCCCAAAUUUCAUUCCCGAUGCUAACGACAUUCCUCUGAAAAUGAUUGUCUGGGUAAGAGGCCCGAAUUUGCCCAAAAAAUAUAACAACAGACUCUUCCUAUGGAGAUUGGGGAACAAGAUUGGGACGUCACUGAGGGUGGAUAUGAACACUCCGGUUCAAGGUCAGGGAGACAAGUCCAGAGCUGAAAGGGGAAGAUUUGCUCGAGUGACAGUGGAAGUCGAUUUGCGGAGAAAGCUUAAACGGAGGUUUAUCAGUCGGAAUGAAGUUCUCUCUGUUGAAUACGAAGGCUUGGAACUUGUUUGCUUCCAGUGUGGCUACUAUGGUUACAAGAAAGAGGUGUGUCCCCAUAGGUGCAAUCAGGCAAGCCCAACGCGAGAUGCUACAACUGAGGUUUCAGGGAAGCCACAGUCGCAGGGAAAGAAGACCGAGAAGAGGUGAGGCGCAUUUAUAAUCCGGCCGGCAUAAAUUCUAAUUCAGAACUGAAUGGCUUAAAUUUUAGGGAAAAUAUAAUAAUAGGUUCCUGAAUUUUGAUUACGUUUUCUUUUUAGUUCUAUAAUUUUAUUUUGUUGCCCUUUAAUUUGAUCAUUCUUCAAUUUUAGAUGCUAUAAUUUUAAAAAAGCA